AUGACGUCAUUCCUUAUCCUUCUGAAACUGACAGAACAUUACUGGAACGUCUGGAGCCGUGAAUACUUGAAAGGUCUCCGAGAAACUCACAAACUCAAUAUAAAUAACAAACGAGGCACUCGAACGAACCCAACCAUAGGGACGGUUGUACUAAUUCAAGAUCCAGCUUUGCCACGAAACGCGUGGAGAAUGGCGCGCAUCAUCGAUUUGAAGCAAACAGAAACGGGUGCAAUCCGAGAAGCACAACUCAAGCUACCGAGCGGACGUAUCAUAAGAAGACCAAUUAACUUACUAAUUCCGCUUGAGCUGGAAGACAGUCCGGCAGAGAAACGGUCCGGCACAAAUGAUGAAACGGAGUCGCCGAAUAGCAAUCCGCAUAGCGCAGCUGGAAUCCCAGAUCAACGUUAUAAUCUCCGACCUCGAUCACGUGACAACAACGUGCUUACAAUCGGCCAAAGAUGUUGCUCUCCGCAAGUCGAGGAGGAUCACGAUCCGAAAAAGCAUUCCGAGGAAAACGGUCAAGGAGAACGAGAAUCGUUGUGCCACCACUAUGACCUUCAAUCAGAAAAAUUCACUCAACGUACAACUUCAGCCACCGCCCUGCCCACUCCUAUGGAGGUGGGGGACUAUAGAGAAUUCCUCAAUCAGAUAGAGAAUUCUCUAUCCGUAUAA